AUGCCUCUCCAAAACCUGCCACCUGAGAUCCAAUGCCAGAUAUUCUCCUAUCUGGUCACCAACGACGGACCGUCGCACAUCCAUGCAGUACUGAAAACCUGCAAACGGCUUCGGGAUGUCGCUCUACCAUUCUCCGUGCAAACCUUCAGGAACACGUCGUCACCAUUUGACCCUGACUCCUCUGGUCAAGUCUGCGGUACGCGCAGCAUCCGGUUUCUGCGCUAUAUCUUGAUGACCAAACCAGAGCUUGCCAAAAAUGUCAAGACUGUAAUUUUGGGCCAAUUUGAAUUACCGGGUGAUGAAGAGGAGGAGUGGGAGGAUGGGAGUAGUCAAGAUGAUGAGGAGAUUGGCCAUGAAGACGAGAGCGAUCAAGAUGGCGUGGGCAGUGACCCAGGAAGUGACAGCGGUGGCCAAGAUGACAGACAAGGCGCUGAAAGAGGUGGUCGAGAGAGUGAUGACGGAGAUGAGAUUUCGAAGAUCGAGAAGGAAUGUCUCACGGAAGCUGAGCUGGCUUUGUUCAAGCAAAGAAUUAAUGAAGCUCUCACCCCUGAAACGGACGACUAUUACGAAGAUGGGAGAGCACUGUGGUUUCGCGACCUACGGGAGAACCAUACUGAUGCCCAGAUCGCAAUGAUUCUCCUAGUCUGCCCAAACAUCGAACGGCUGUACUUUGCAGAGCCAGACAGCCCGAAAAACGUUUUGCUUGUGUUGAACUUGGCUAGCAACACUCAAAAUAGUCAGACCAGGCCAUUAUCGAACCUGCGCGAGGUAUAUCACGAAUCUGAAGAUGAUUCUUAUGGCUAUCUUUUGCUUUACGAACACGCCAUUCCUUUGUUCCGUAUACCCUCUGUCCGAUCUUAUGGAUGUGUCCUGGCCAACGGAAGCGAUGAAGCUGGUCGCGCAUUUGCCCAUAUACCGCGAAGAUCAUCCUCAGUGGAAGAGAUCACAUUAUACAAAUCAUUCUGCACCGCGUUAUUUAUUAAUAAUGUGUUUGGUGCUUGCAAGACUCUCAGGUCAUUCGAGUUUACUCCGGCCGUUUCUCAUGUUGACAACGAUCGGAUGAUGCCCCGAGACAUAAUGGAUGCCAUUUUGCCCCAUGCGAACACCUUCGAGAAUCUUCAUAUCAAUUUGGAAGAUGACGAGGAUAAGGCAUGGGCAGGCCCCGACGACAGGAUAUAUAUGGGCACUGACUUGCGCCGGAUGGUUGCACUCAAGAGACUUGUUGCUGGAAUGCAGUCUCUCACAGGGUUUCUGGAUGGGCAGCCAGACGAGGUAUGGGGUGACAGCCCACCUUUAGAAGUCAAAGGAGCACCGAGACUUGUGGAAUGUAUCCCUGAUAGUCUCGAGCAUCUUGAGAUCCAUGGGUGUGGCAAGGCCAUAUUGGAUCAAGCCGGCGAACUGCUCGGCGUGAUUGAGAGCGGCAGCCGGUUUAAGAACCUUCGACGUGUGCGAUUUCUCUUCAACGGCGAGAAGAUUGACCCCGCAGAGGUCCAGCUAUCCUGUAACUCGCCAAGUGUCACCCUUGACGUCGUUUUCCAAUCACGGCAUAACCGUAUAUACGAUGUAGGCCAAAGCUUACACACUGAAGAGCGUGAUGUAAGCAAUAUUUGCUCCCGUAUCUUCGCAGAGGACCUCAGGGAACAAUGGCUACAGAUCCGGGGAGGAGAUGUUGGUAGUGCGACGGUGAAUCAGGGUGUUUAUCGCGCCCCGGGGAUCGAUAUUCCACUUGAAGAAGACGACCAAGAAGAGGUUGGCACCGAGGAAGAAGGCUCUGAUGACGAUAACGCCGCCGCCGCCGACGAUGAUGAUUGA